AAGGAGAUAGCUUUCAAUUUGGAAGUAUAUUUGUUUUUUUUUUAAUACAAUCAUUACCGCACAUAACCAAGAUUUGGGACUACUAAGGACUGCAUGGUGUGCUUUUGGUGCCAUUAAAAAUGAGAAAUCAUUUGACAUGUCUUGUGGCUCUGCUAGUUUUAACCAUAUGCUUCUUAGCAGUUUGCGCUUACUACACCAUCAUGCACCCGAAACAGAUUCAUCUGGAAAGCUGCUAUCUCAAAGGAGGCUUUUGCAGGGAACUGUGGAACUGCGAGGAGAGGUACCAAAGUCGCCUCCGCACCACGUGCAUCAACAAGCGAAAGGUUUGUUGUAUGCCCACGAUCCAGAUGAAAAGUCUGCAGGAUGCCGAAGAUUACGCCGAGUGAAGGUCACCCGCAUCAGGAACUAUCAGCCAGAUCGCUCCGAAACCAUACGAUUUCAUUUGCAAGUACUAUGUAUUGAAUGUACCAUAUCAUAGGCAAUUUUUAU